AUGUCGAGCGCAAUGUACAAUAAGAUGUGGCAUCAGACCCAAGAAGCCCUCAAUUGUUUGCUUGAUAAAGAGUCUCAGAAGACGGUAGAGCCACACAGAAAUCAAGUUUUCAUCUUCCAAAAGUUAGCCACCUUCUACAUAAAAUAUGUUCAGAUCUUUAGAAACCUGGAGAAUGUCUAUGACCAGAUCAUUCAUCCGCAGAAACGAAUACUGAUCCGGAAAAUACUGGAUGGAGUGAUGGGUCGCAUCCUAGAGUUGAAGAACGAAAUGGUUGAACUGGAAUUAACCGAGUUUCACUAUUUUGAUGAUAUCUUACAGGAUCUAAAGUUGGCUCCCCAACAAUUAGAUAUUCCCAUACCCAAGUAUUUUUUGAAGGAGAAGUUGGAAGUAAUAAAAGGAAGAGAGAAAAUCCUUGCUCAAAUAUUAGCCGACACUGGAUUAGACAUGCGUGAAAUGAAAUCCUCUGUAAAGGCUUUUUCCAUAGAACAGGCUGUGAAAUUAAUUCAGAUUGCGGAGAGGGCGCGGCAAGGUCGCCUGAGAGCACUGUUCAUGAAGCAGAUCUUCCUUCAAGAAUACAGAGCAAGGCAGGCCAGGCUCCUCGGCGAGAAGGUGGCUGACGUGGCGGCAGCGGCACUGCGGAUCCAGAAGGUUUGGCGAGGUUUCCAUCAAAAUAAGAAAACCAAAAGAGACAGAGAAGAUGAGAUGGUGUUCCUGGGCAUGAACCCACCUCCUCUGUUUAAUGAAGUCAGCGCUACAGUAAUCGAGGCUGAAAAGGUGACCCGCCUGCGGGAUGAGCUGCAGAUAAAGCAUGAAGAGGACUACAAGACAGCCAUGAACACCAUCAAGGGCAACCUGCAGUUAAUGGAAGGUGCAGACAUCAAGGAGAACCUCCGAGACCAGAUCCGGCACUGGAUCAUCGAAUGCAGGAACUUAACUGGCACCUUCCCCGAAUACCCGAAAGUAGAAGAAGGAGGUUCCGCUAUCAUUUUUUCAAACAAGACCCCACAACAGGUUAUUGAAGAUAUUAUUGCAGCCCAAGAAGAGGAGGAAAAGAAAAGGAAGGAAAAGAAAAAGGAAAAACAGAAAGACCAAAAAGUUAAGGAAAAGAAAGGACCGAAAGAAAAAAUUAAGGAGGAAGACGAGCCAUGGAAAAUGUCACCCAGUGUUUUCCUUCAAACGAUGGAGGAAGGAAGUAACAUAUACAAAGACAUGUGGAAGAACAAAGACGAGUCGUUGAAUUUCCCCCAGGGCUACGAUCCGGAAAUUCUCAAAGAGGAGAAGCGGAAGGAGCUGGAGGUGGAGAUCCGGGUUCAGGUUGAUGAGCUGAUGAGACAGGAGCUAAAGAACAUCAAACUUGCUGUGAACAAAGAAAAGGAACUUCCGGUCAGAAUAGGAAAGAAGAAAGGAGGUAAAAAUAAAACUAAGGGGAAGAAAGGGAGAAGGGGAAAGGAUAAAGACCUGACAGCUGACAGAACCAUCGAGUCUCUGUACAAGGAACUGGUGGAAGAAGGACUCCUGGUCCAGACCCUGAAAGUCAACCUCUCCGACUACAUCGGUGAGUACAGCUACCUGGGGGCCACUCUUCGCCGGGUCUCCAUAGAGCCCAUGCCUUCCCUCCUGGAUGUCAGACAGCUCAUCGCACUGUAUGGGGUCCUGCCACUAGGUUCCGCGGAGGUGCACGAGAACGCACCUUUGGUGAAGUCGCUGCUGCUGGCCGGGCCUUCGGGGGUCGGGAAGAAAAUGCUGGUCCACGCCAUCUGCAGCGAGACGGGCGCCAACCUCUUCAACUUGUCAGCGGAGAACAUUGCCGGGAAGUACCCGGGCAAAAAUGGCCUGCAGAUGAUGAUCCACGUGGUCCUCAAGGUGGCCCGCCAGCUCCAGCCGUCCGUGGUGUGGAUCGGAGACACGGAGAAAACCUUCUACAAGAGAGUACCCAACGCCGAGAAGAUGAACGAACCCAAACGCCUGAAAAAACAGCUCCCCAAAAUACUGAAGCUCCUGAAACCCAACGACAGGAUUCUGAUCGUGGGGACCACACGCCGCCCUUUCGAUGCCGAAAUCCAGUCUUUCUGCAGAGUCUACCAAAAAAUCAUCCUGGUGCCCAGGCCGGACUAUGCGUCCAGAUAUGUCUUGUGGCAGCAAAUCAUUCAGCGCCACGGAGGAGCCAUUACGAGUGCCUUGAACUUAAGUUGCCUAGCGAAGGUCACGGACGGCUUCACCCAGGGACACAUCGUCCAGGUGGUGAAAGCGGUGCUCACUGACCGGAGGCUCCGGCAGCAGGUGUACAAGCCGCUCAUGGCCACGGAGUUCAUUACGGCUCUCAGCAGCCUGGACCCUGUCUACCAAGAGGAAGAAGACAGCUUUAAGAGCUGGUAUGCCAAAACCCCUAUGGGUAAAAGGCGUGCCUUGGCAUUGAUGGGAGGGAACACAGGAAAUGCAAAGGAUAAAGGACAAAAGAAGGGGAAAAAGGAGAAAAAGAAGAAAAAGUAA